AUGGCCGACUACGAGCGCCGGAACAAUGGCUACCGGGGCGGUGGUGGUGGGCGCAAGCGCCGUUAUCGAGAUGACGAGGACUAUGAUCGCCGCCCUCAGCGACGGAGAUAUGAGGAGCCACUGUUUGUUCAAGUUCGCCGGCAGCUUCUGACCAUUGCGGAAUCGGCUGCUCGGAGAGUCGAGGAUGAUGUCGUGAGAAUCGCAAAGACUGUGGCUGAGAACUACGAGGAUGAGGAGUUGCGCGACACCUUGAUCAACAUUUCCCUUGAUCUUGUCCUGGAACAACCUAUGAAGAUCCCCUUUGUUGCUGCGACAGCGCUUUUCACGUACAACAACAAGCCGGAGCUAGGAACGGAACUUUUGAACAAGGCAGCCGCGGCUUUGCAGAAAUACAUCGAUUCCGGAUCAUGGCGCGAGGUUAAGCUUCUCGUCCGCUUCCUGGGAUGUCUACAGCCUCUUUACGAGGGUGAUGGCAUCUUUACGCUCUUGGAGGAGCUGUUUGCGCGUGCGGUUGAUCUCCAGACCGCAUCUUCGGAAGACUUGCUCGGCAUGGAGCUUGUCAAGAUCAUCCUCUUCACCAUUCCCUACGUGAUGUCAUCCCCCGCUACCGGCUUCGAAUCUCAAGCUUCUGCGCUUCUCGAAAAGACCGACAUCAUUGCUUCUACUCCCCACGCCCUGGUCGACUUGGUCAACACCUUCAGUCCCGAAGAGAACGAAUCCGCGGCUGGUCCCAGCUUAAUCAGUGUUCUUCAGCGCCAGCUUCAGGGCGAGUCCAGCAACGGCUGGGAGUUGAAGUGCCUGCCUCGGCCAUGGAAGGAUGUGCGGGAAUCAGAGGGCGACGAGCCACAGCCUUUCGAGGUAGUGACCAAGGUCGCUUUCCCCCAGAUUACCGUUCCUAACCCCGUGCCAUAUGGCCCCCGGGCUCUCUUCCCGGAGGUCUACCUCUCGGUCUACGCCAACCAGGAGAUCGACACUGUACCUCCCAUCUCGGACAUCACUGCCUCGCUCAUGAGAGACGCAUUGGUGGAUACCCUCAACCUCCUUGACUUUAACCGCGUCGCUACGGCUAAGUACCUUAUCGAUGUGGAUUGUUAUUAUACCCGCCACACAUUCGUCAAGCGCGCCACGCCAUUUGACCGUAUGCGUGAGAUUGCCGGUGAUAACAAGUCGUGGAAGCCAGAGGAUGUCGCGGUGGAUGCUGUCUUCUCGCAGUUGUUCCAGCUGCCCACGCCGGAACACAAGCUUGUUUAUUAUCACUCCGUCUUGACCGAGUGCUGCAAGAUCGCCCCUGCAGCAAUUGCGCCCAGCUUGGGCCGUGCCAUUCGGUUCUUGUACAACAGCCUGGAGACUAUGGAUCUGGAGCUGAGCAGCCGGUUCUUAGACUGGUUUGCUCAUCAUUUGAGCAACUUUGGUUUCACCUGGAAGUGGAGCGAGUGGGUUGAGAAUCUCGAGCUUCCCGCCGUUCAUCCUAGGAUGGCAUUCAUUAACGGAGCACUGGACAAGGAAAUCCGGCUGAGCUUCGCGCAGCGUAUUAAGGGUACUCUGCCUGAACCUUACUUGCCUUUGAUCACAGAGAGCAAGGAGAAGGACACUCCCGAGUUCAAAUAUUCCUCCGAAGCAACCCCAUACUUCAAGGAAGGACAAGAGCUCAUGCAGCUCAUCCGCAAAAAGGCAAACGACGAUGAACUCCAGCCCAUCAUUGCUUCCAUCGAGGAGCAAGCGCAGGGCCUAGGUGUGGAAGAGCCCAAGGUUCCUUCUACAGACGCCCUCGUUACGUCCAUCUGCUUCGUGGGCUCCAAGUCAUUGUCGCACGUCCUGUCCUGCAUCGAGCGUAACAAGGACCGCCUACUGGCCGUUGGCGCAGCCUCUGAAAAGGCCCGCUUGCAAAUAAUUACCUCGGUCAUGGAGUACUGGGCUGAUCAGCCAGGCAUUGCCAUCAACAUUGUCGACAAGUUGCUCAACUACACUAUUAUCAGCCCUCUUUCCGUCCUGGAGUGGGCCCUCACUGAGCACAUUGCCGCCGGCUCAAUCCUCUCCAAGCCCCACAUCUACGAGAUGAUCUCCGCCACCGUUGGCAAGGUCACCAACCGUAUGCGCCAGAUCGUGGCUGCUCGCACCCAAAAGAACCUGUACGAGCCCCAACUGAGCGUGCUCGACGAGACUCUGUCCCGUGAACGCGUUGAAAUGAAGAACCUGUUCAAGUUCAUCGAGGAUGCCGUCGUCUCCGUUGCCUCCGGCAGCAACGACGAGCUCAUGGAACGUGGUGAUGGAUCAGGUGAUAUGCCCGAAGACGCCAUCCUCCGCCAAUGGGGCCGCCGCUGGCUUCGUGUCUUCCGCCGUAAGGCUGCCGUGGAGGACGCCUUCAUUUCUGAUGCGCUGAUCCAUGCCACCCCCGUUGGCACUAACGCCCCGACUCGUGAGGAUCCCGCGGAUACCGCGGGUGACGGGGACAUUCACAUCGCUGAUGCAGAUGGACAAUGA